ACAUUGAAAGAGGAAGAAGUUACGGUGAAAGAAGAGGAAGAAUCUUUAAGAGUGAAAGAGGGAAUGAAGAAGGAGGGGGAGAUUACUGUCACAUUGGAGGAGACUGGAGAUCUGAUUAACACCAGAGAAAGACCAGACUCCCAGGAACCAGAGCCAGGGACGUCCAAACCAGCAAGACGACGCAACUGCUCCCACUGUGGAAAGGGUUUUAACCAGUUAGGGGACCUGAAAACACAUGAGAGAAUACAUACAGGAGAGAAGCCAUACCACUGCUCCAAGUGUGAAAAAGGUUUUAACCAGUUAGGAAACUUGAAGCGGCAUGAGAGAAUACAUACAGGAGAAAAGCCGUACCACUGCUCCCACUGUGGAAAGGGUUUUAACCAGUUGUGGGACCUGAAAGGCCACAAGACUUUGCACACAGCGGAGAAGCCUUAUCACUGCUCCCUUUGCGGAAAGAGUUUUACCGUGUUAGGGAGCUUGAAAAUACAUGAGAUAAAUCACACAAGGGAGAAGCCUUACCACUGCUCCCAGUGUGAAAACAGUUUUACCGAGUUAGGGAGCCUGAAAAUACACGAGAGAAUACACACAGGAGAAAAGCCUUACUACUGCUCCCAGUGUGGAAAGAGAUUUACCCAGUUAGGAAGUCUGAAAGAGCAUAAGAUACUGCAUACAAGGGAGAAGCCUUACCCCUGCUCCCUUUGUGUAAAGAGAUUUUCCUCAUCAGGGUGCCUGAAAAGACAUGAGAGGACACACACAGGCGAUAAACCUUUCCAAUGCUCCCAGUGUGUAAAGAGUUUUUCCUUGUUAGCAAGCCUGAAAAGACAUGAGAGGACACACACAGGAAAUAAGACUCAUCACUGCCCCCAGUGUGGAAAGAGUUUUAACCUUAAAGAAUACCUGAAAGUGCAUGCGAGAAUACACACAGGGGAGAAGCUAGAGAAGCAUUUCCACUGCUCCCAGUGUGGAAAGAGUUUUUUCUUGUUAGCGAGCCUGAAAAGACAUGAGAGGACACACACAGGAAAUAAGCCUCAUCACUGCUCCCAGUGUGGAAAGAGUUUUAAGCUGAAAGGACAACUGAACCAGCAUGAGAGAAUACACACAGGGGAGAAGCCAUACCACUGCUCCCAAUGUGAAAAGAGUUUUGCCUGGUUAGGGGACCUGAGAAGACAUGAGAGGACGCACACGGGAGAGAAGCCUCAUCACUGCUCCCAGUGUGGAAAGAGUUUUACCCAGUUAAGACACAUGAAAAGACAUGAGAUAAUACACACAGAAGAUACGAACGUAGGCUGAACAGUGGGACAGAGGACAAAUGUAGGCUGCUGAACAGUAGGACAUAGGACAGAUAUAGACUGAACAGUGGGUCAUAGAACAGAUGAAGGCCCAAUUAAUGGUGGGUCAGUAGUCCCCAGAGACUCUGAAUGUGUCUUGACUUUCCAGUGUUUUCCCUCCUGCAUGUAUUAUAAAGGAUCGUGUUUGUGGAUGUGUUUUCUGGGUGAGGGUUUGGUUUGUGCCCGAGCACAGUUGAUUCAAAUAACCAACUCAUCAUCAAGCUUUUUCUUAUUUGAAUGGGCUGUGUAGUGUUAGAGGACCUGAAAAGAAUACAGAGGUUUUGUUCUGGCUGUUGUUUUUGACUGAGAAUUGUUCUGACUUCUCUCUUUUUCUUUAAGUUGUUGAAAUGUUCCCGGAAUCACUGACCUUCACAUCUUAAAGUAAUGAUGGACUAUCUUCUGUAUAUCACAUCUUAAAGUAAUGAUGGACUCAUCAUUUAGCUCUUCUGUAUAUCACAUCUUAAAGUAAUGAUGGACUAUCUUCUGUAUAUCACAUCUUAAAGUAAUGAUGGACUCAUCAUUUAGCUCUUCUGUAUAUCACAUCUUAAAGUAAUGAUGGACUAUCUUCUGUAUAUCACAUCUUAAAGUAAUGAUGGACUAUCAUUUAGCUGUCUUCAGUAUACCACCCUACCUUGUCACAACACAACUGAUUGGCUCAAACGCAUUAAGAAGGAAAGAAAUUCCACAAAUUAACUUUUAACAAGGCACACCUGUUAAUUGAAAUACAUUCUGGGUGACAUCCUCAUGAAGCUGGUUGAGAGAAUGCCAAGAGUGUGCGAAGCUGUCAUCAAGACAAAGGGUGGUUACUUUGAAGAAUCUCAAAUAUAAAAUAUAUUUGGAUUUGUUUAACA